AUGUCCGACAAGGCCCAGAACCCCAUGCGAGAGCUUCGCAUCCAAAAGCUCGUCCUUAACAUCUCCGUCGGUGAAUCUGGUGAUAGAUUGACCCGUGCCGCCAAGGUCCUGGAGCAGUUGAGCGGUCAGACUCCUGUCUACAGCAAGGCUCGCUACACCGUCCGAACCUUCGGUAUCCGACGUAACGAAAAGAUCGCUGUCCACGUUACUGUCCGUGGCCCCAAGGCCGAAGAAAUCCUCGAGCGUGGCCUCAAGGUCAAGGAAUACGAACUCCGCAAGCGCAACUUCAGCGAGACCGGUAACUUUGGCUUCGGUAUUAGCGAGCACAUCGAUCUCGGUAUCAAGUACGACCCCGCCAUUGGUAUCUACGGCAUGGACUUCUACUGCUGCAUGACUCGUCCCGGUGAGCGCGUCACUCGCCGCCGACGAUGCAAGAGCAGAAUCGGUGCCGGCCACCGCAUCGACCGCAACGAGACCGUCAAAUGGUUCAAGCAGCGCUUCGACGGUAUCGUCCGAUAA